AUGAUUGAUGUUGGUAUUGGUGGGUCAGCAGGCGCCGACUAUGUACGGCUUGUGGAAAGUUCAUCACUACCUCGGUCUCCUCGUGUCACCUACGUAGCACUUAGCUAUUGUUGGGGCCUAGGACAGAGUGUGACGACGGUAUCGACCAACUACGAAGCUAUGAAACAAGGCAUCCAUAUAUCCGAGCUCCCACCCACCAUACGAGACGCCAUCACAGUUACUAGAAACAUGGGCGAGCGCUAUCUGUGGAUUGAUGCCCUGUGCAUUAUUCAAGAUUCAUCAACCGACUGGGAGCUCGAAUCUGCUCGAAUGGCGUCGGUCUACCAAAACGCAUAUAUUACCGUUGCUGCGGGAACUGCUGCUGCUGCGUCAGAGGGCUUUCUUGAGUUAAGACAGCACCUGGCGGCGAGGUCUACGAAUGCGUACCAAGCUGAAUGGGAAGCCGGUAUCAACUCGGAUGACCGGUCAUCACAGCCGCAGAAGACCAUCCUUGCCGCUCGCGUGAUACCCUACAGCACAUUCCACAGCAUGUUCAUGGUCGCUGAUGGAUUGCCCUUGAACACGCGCGGGUGGACAAUGCAAGAGAAGAUACUAUCGAGAAGAGUCAUAACCUACACCACGCACGAGCUUCAAUGGACAUGCCAGUCACUGAGCACCUGCGAGUGCGGCUACUUGUUGGACUCCAGUGAGCGCGGCGAUACUAUCACAGUCAACCCAACUUUAAAUCGCCGUGAAGCUUCUUACGAAUGGGCCAAGAUCGUCAAAAAAUACAGCAGCCGGUCUUUAACCUACCUCCAAGACAAGCUCCCCGCCAUCUCCGGAGUAGCGCAUUCAUUUCAGAGUAUACUCCAGUCACCCUACCUCGGCGGUCACUGGGUGAACAAUCUCCCCGAAGAGCUAGCAUGGAAAGCCUACCCGCCGCAUGUGCAUUCAUCUGACACCGUCUUAGACGACGACAGUGACACUGCAUCGCAACCGCAAUACAUAGCCCCUACAUUCUGUUGGCCGUCGAUAAGAAAGGGGUCUGUGGAGUGUGUUUAUCUCCAGCAGCAAUCCCGCACAUGGAGACCAUGCAGCACCGUUCAAGGUUUUCACUCUGAGGUCCUAGGUGAAAAUCCUCUAGGUCGGAUUAACAACGGCGCGUGGAUUUCUCUUCGCGGUCAUCUCGUAAAGGCACAGUUAACCAUCAAGCGCUUCCCCGGUUUCUAUACCGUGGAGCAGGUAGUCUUGCCCAAUGGGGGGAAAGCACACAUGUUCGCGGACACGUUCUUGGAAGAGUUUGAUGCAACAGUUUUGAGCGAGAGCGAGAGCAAAAACGGGGAAAUGACGACGACGACGACGGAUCGAUCGAUCCGUCGCUCACACAUAUCACUACCCGGGCCCAAGUCCGAAAAGGGUCUCGAUUGCCCUGUCUACCUUUUUCUUUUGGGGUAUUGGACUGAGCAGGCCAAGGGCAGUAGUAAUAACGCUGACGGCGCGGAAGUUCAAGAGCCUGAGCCGGAGAGAAAGCCAGAGCCGAAUUUUGCGUUUCUUGUGUUGGGGCAUUCUCCUAACCAGCUGGGGAAAUAUGAAAGAAUAGGGUUUGGAAUGUCUUUUGCGCAAAUUGAGGGGGCCUCGAAGCUUGAAGAUGGAGAAUUGGAUAGAGGGGAGACGUUGAAGGGGUUAUUUGGGGGGGAUCGGAGGAUUGUUACUAUAGUGUGA